GGACGCGGGAACCUGGGAAUACCCAAAAGCGCGGAGGAAAGCUGGCCCGGGGGCCCAGAGCCCUUAAGAGUCCCCUGAGGUCCUGGGCGCGACUCUUCCCUAUGCAGCCCCCAGCCGGAUUAGCGCCCCCCAAGCCCCCAACCCCACGACCCUAAUACUUUUACCAGGUGGGAUUACUAGCAUUUCUUCAACAUCGAUGCCCCCCGCGCACUUCCCAGGCCGCGUGGGCCUUAGCCAGGCCGCAGCCCGAACCUGCCUCUGGCCUUGCGCACCCCAGAACCCGCCGACCCCGGUCCCCCAAGACCCCAGCUCAUACCAACAGGUAUUCCUCGGGAGGCUCCCCGCGCAGGACGCCCUCCCAGGCUCGUAGACCCGUACCUUUCUCUAGUGCGUAGUCCUUCAGUGCCAUCGCUGCCGAGGCCCGUGCGGCAGCGCUUGGCGGGCUCAGAGGUCUUGCUCCUGGGGAAGCUGAGAACGCCCGCGCGGUGGACUGUGGCCGGCCAACCGAAAUUGGCGCGAAACGUCGCCCCCCACGUGACCGGCGCCACUGCGUGCGGGCCAAUCGGAGAAGCCGGCCCUCUCUCCCCCUCCCGCUAGCCGCAAGCCAAUCACCGGGCAGGCCUGGAAUGAGUGACGGGAAGGCGGUGCGGGCGUCGGAAGGGAAUCUCCGGGCGGGAACGGCCAUGAUUUCCCAGUUCUUCAUUCUGUCCUCCAAGGGGGACCCGCUCAUCUACAAAGACUUCCGCGGGGACAGUGGCGGCCGGGAUGUGGCCGAGCUCUUCUACCGGAAGCUGACGGGACUGCCAGGAGACGAGUCCCCGGUUGUCAUGCAUCACGAUGGCCAUCAUUUCAUUCAUAUUAGACACAGCGGCCUCUAUUUGGUGGUCACAACUUCAGAAAACGUUUCUCCCUUCAGCCUCCUAGAACUGCUCUCCAGGUUGGCCACCCUUCUGGGCGAUUACUGUGGCUCCCUGGGCGAGGGGACCAUCUCCCGCAAUGUGGCUCUGGUCUACGAACUCCUGGAUGAAGUGCUGGACUAUGGCUAUGUACAGACCACAUCCACAGAGAUGCUGAGGAAUUUCAUCCAGACGGAAGCUGUGGUCAGCAAGCCCUUCAGCCUCUUUGACCUCAGCAGCGUUGGCUUGUUUGGGGCUGAGACACAACAGAGCAAAGUGGCCCCCAGCAGUGCAGCCAGCCGCCCCGUCCUGUCCAGUCGCUCUGACCAGAGCCAAAAGAAUGAAGUUUUUUUGGAUGUGGUCGAGAGACUGUCUGUACUGAUAGCAUCUAAUGGAUCCCUGCUGAAGGUGGAUGUGCAGGGAGAGAUUCGGCUCAAGAGCUUCCUUCCCAGUGGCUCAGAGAUGCGCAUUGGCUUGACUGAAGAGUUUUGUGUGGGGAAGUCAGAGCUGAGAGGUUAUGGGCCAGGAAUCCGGGUCGAUGAAGUCUCGUUUCACAGCUCCGUAAAUCUGGACGAGUUUGAGUCUCAUCGAAUCCUCCGUUUGCAACCACCUCAGGGCGAGCUGACUGUGAUGCGGUACCAACUCUCCGAUGACCUCCCCUCACCGCUCCCCUUCCGGCUCUUCCCCUCUGUGCAGUGGGACCGAGGCUCAGGCCGGCUCCAGGUUUAUCUAAAGUUGCGAUGUGACCUGCCCUCAAAGAGCCAAGCCCUCAAUGUCAGGCUGCACCUCCCCCUGCCUCGAGGGGUGGUCAGCCUGUCUCAGGAGCUGAGCAGCCCAGAGCAGAAGGCUGAACUGGCAGAGGGAGCCCUUCGCUGGGACCUGCCUCGGGUGCAAGGAGGCUCUCAACUCUCAGGCCUUUUCCAGAUGGACGUCCCAGGGCCCCCAGGACCUCCCAGCCAUGGGCUCUCCACCUCGGCCUCUCCUCUGGGGCUGGGCCCUGCCAGUCUCUCCUUCGAGCUUCCCCGGCACACGUGCUCUGGCCUCCAGGUCCGAUUCCUCAGGCUGGCCUUCAGGCCGUGCGGCAAUGCCAACCCCCACAAGUGGGUGCGACACCUAAGCCACAGCGAUGCCUAUGUCAUUCGGAUCUGAGGCUCCCCAAACAAGGACACGGCGGCCAAGGCGGCGGUUUGUCCCACGGGAGGACAGUCUUUUCUCUUCCAGCCUCCUGGCCUUCUGACUGAAUCUGGGCAGGAAAAGUCCUCAGUCCCAAGACCAGGAGGGGGCAAUGGGCCCAGCCGUUCCGUGGUAUCUGAUUCAGGAAGGACUGCAGUGGAUCGGAACUUACAAACCAAACUUUUAUUCUGAGAAACUGGCUGUACAAUAUCUAAAAAGAAAGUGACAUGAAGGAAGCAAUCUACAACUUCCUUCCGCUUAGUGUGCA